CUAGUGCCUCAAAUAAACUGAGAAGCUAAUAGUGUAUUCUGCUGUAGAAUAUUCAAAAUCCUUUUCCAAAGAACCCAAAGCUGCGAGGGAAAAGAAAAACACAUGCUUUGAUCUAUUGCUUUUUAUAUCAUGGCUGGAACAUGGUUGGUGGAUGGUAACAGAAUUGCAACAAAAAUCAGGAGUGCAUCCGAUCCUGGAAGGGCGGAAUGGAAAAGCAACCCGACCAAAUCUUGUCCGAAUUGCCGUCAUAUUAUCGACAACAGUGAUGUGAAACAAGCAUGGCCAGGGUUACCUCGAGGUGUCAAAUUUGAUCCGUCUGAUCAAGAAAUAAUAUGGCAUUUACUUACAAAAGUUGGUGUGGAAGAUUCAAAACCCCAUCCGUUCAUCAAUGAAUUCAUCCCAACCAUUGAAAACGAUGAUGGAAUCUGUUAUACGCAUCCCCAAAAAUUACCAGGGGUUAAGGAAGAUGGAAGCGUGUCCCAAUUCUUUCAUCGAGCUAUCAAGGCUUACAAUACUGGAACUCGGAAACGUCGAAAGAUCCAUGGUGAUGAUUUUGGAGAUGUCCGCUGGCAUAAGACUGGUAGGACAAAACCAGUGUUGUUGGAUGGUGUUCAAAGAGGAUGCAAGAAGAUUAUGGUUCUCUAUAUGACAAUGACCAAGGGUGGAAAAGCGGAGAAGACUAAUUGGGUGAUGCACCAAUAUCAUCUAGGAAUCGAGGAGGAUGAAAAAGACGGGGAGUAUGUUAUUUCUAAAAUAUUUCAUCAGCAACAACAGCAACAAAAUAAACAGGCUGAUAAAACUGAGCAGGAUUUACCUGAAACGACUGAUUCAAUGAUUGAAAAAGUAGAUCCUGUGACUCCCAAGUCUGUGACACCUGACCCUCCAAGAACAGGGAGGCAAUGCCAGGAAUAUGACCAAGGACAGGACUAUACCAUUUCUGGCAUCAACCCCUCUGCUCAGGAUUUUUCAGCAAAGUAUCCUACAAUGCAGCAUGUUGAAGAUGAAGUUCCAGCUGAAUUUGAAAGUUCCAGUCACGAUGAUCUACCUGGUCAGGAAAAUCAUGUUAAUCAGAUGUUAGAUAAUGACAAUGACAAUGAAAAUGGCAAUCAUGUUGAGGAAGAUUCAAAAUGGUGGGAUGGUGAAUCACAGUUUUUGUUGGAUUCGCAACAGCUAGUGGAAGGGCUGUCUCUUUGUGAUGAGCUCCUUCAAAGCCAGUCGCCAAAGAGGGACGAUGCUAAUGGUAAUGAUGGAAUGCUGGACAGCAAACCCCGUCUUUCUGAUUACAUUCUGUUAGGAGCAGAACAUCUCAAGAAGGAUCUGGAGGAGUGUCAAAACCUGGAAGAUGAUCCAAUAAACAUAGUGCUUGAUACGCCACCAGAGUUCCGCUUGAGUCAGCUUGACUUUGCAUCACAAGAUAGCUACAUCGCUUGGGGUUGGAGCAAAGGUAACUGACUAAAUACGUUUGUCGUGGAUCAUGGAGAAAGCAUGUGGUAGAAUAUUUUGUAAAAACUUUACCGUAUCAAUCACAUUAUUUUGGGGCAAUGUCAACUGUAAAUUUUGGUGGGAAGCUUGAACCAUGUUUAGUGAUGGUGGAGAUCACUUGACAUUUUGCCCGUGGAGGUUGCUGUUUCUAGAACCUAAAUGCAACCCUUUUGUUUCGGCUACGGAUUGGAAACAUCAUUAAUAGCUUUGAUUAUGGGAAACUAAUUCCCCUGUGAUGUGUAUUUUUAAUCAUGGCUACAAAGCCUUGUGCUGGUUUGCUUUAAA